GCCACUAAGCCAGAACUCAACUCUAAUUUUUAUGUAAUUGUAAUGUCACUUUGUUGUCGUUUGUUACAAGCAAGCAAGGAAAAUUCGUGCUAGAAACCAAAGAACCAAGCCCCCAAUAUCCGUGCGCUGUGAUGUGAUAAUCAAUUGUGUGUAAAUUAUGAAUUGUCAUCAGAUUUUGAGCGGCGCCUGCAAUGCGGGCGACCGGUGCUUCGCCAUUGGCUCCGUGGAAGGAAUACCAUUUACAGCCUACGCCGCCGGCUGCAAUGUUGUCAUCCUGGCCAGCACCUUCGAGCGCGUCCAGAUCAUUCCGGGCGCCAACCAUGGCUACGUCAAGAUAUCCGCCCUGGACUGCAGCACAGAUACCGGAAAGAUAGCGGCUGCCUACGAGAAUAAGAUAUGCAUUUUUGAGCCCACGCCGGUGAUUGAGUCCAGCAAGCACAAUACCCACUUUCUGGACUACAGAUGGGUGCAAACGGGCUCCUUUACCAGCCAGUCGAGCGUGGUCACCUUGUCGUGGAACCUCGAGGGCACCCGCCUCCUCACCGGCGGCACCAACAUCCAGCUGUGGAAGAGCAAGUCGCCCACCCACCAGCAGGAGGAGGAGCACACGGGCGUCAAGUUCGAGAUUGGCGAGAGCAAGGAGCCGAAGCAGCCGAACAACGCCCAGUCGGAGGAUGUGUCCACGUGGGAGAACAUCUGGAGCUGCCAGACGGCCAUACCCAUAUACCACAUGGCAUUUAGUCCGGACGGCACGCUCUUUGCCACCUGCGGUCGCAACGAUCGUCUGGUGAAGAUCUGGUACGAGAACAAGCAGGUUCUCUUCCCGGCCAAGGGCACAACCGCAACCACAACCUCCUCUUCCGGAACCACUCAUCGUCAUGGAGGCGAAGAUGCCACUAGUUCUUCUUCUGGCAAUGGUGAUUUGAACUUCACCUACGUCUACAUUGCCCAUCCGCGUGCCGUUUCCAAUAUUGUGUGGCGCAAGACGAGCAAAUAUAUGCCGAAAGGAUCGGUGGCCAAUAUGCUGGUCACCUCCUGCCUGGACAACAUUUGUCGCAUCUGGAUUGAGACUGUGCUGCCGGAUGAUGGCAUGGUCAACAUGACCCAGUUCGAUCCGAUGGCCUCGCAGAACCCAAAGUUCCGUACGCAUCGCCACAAGCAUCGCUUUAUGCAGCGACUGAAGCACAUGAAGACCUGCUUUCACAUCCGCCGUCACAUGAAGGCUGGGGCAAAUGCUCCGCAUGGUAAUCACGUAGGAGGAGCAGCAGCAGCAGGAGGAGGAGCAACUGGCGGCGUUUCUAGCGGCACCAUGGGCGCCAUGGGCAGCUCACCGGCGAGUUAUAGCAAUUAUUUGGGUCCCAUACCUUCGCUGCCUUCGUCCUGCAGCGUUCAUGAUUUUCAUUCGUACGGUUUCCAAGGAUCCGGCGUCACUCCCGGCAUGCACUUCCAUUUGGCGGCAUCGAUUAACGCGGAAACAGACAUACCACUGGUUCCCUCGAUGCAAACCAGCGAUCCGGCGAAUCAGAAUGUGUUUAUCCUGCACUGGCUGAACAACAAGGAGAUGCAUUUCACCCUCCAGGCAGAGGCCAUACUCCAGGAGCUCACCAAGAAGGUGAUUGACGAGGAGAAUGGUCAUGAUUUACCCGAUGAUGCAGCUGCAGCUGCUCCUGCAGGCAGUCACUCCCAUUCGCAGGGACAUGCGCACAAGAAGUACCUGCGUUCCUCCAAAUCCGUUUCAGUGGAUGACAGCGGCGAGGAGUAUAGCCGUUAUAGUCAACACACGGGAGUAGCAGCCAAUCUCCACCUGAACUCCAUGUCCAAUACCACGUCACAGAACUCGCUAAACAACGAGCAGGCGGCGCAUCCAAUUACCCAAUUGGUUGACUCGCUAGACAACAAGAUUGAGUGCCUGCUGCGCGACUGGCACCAGAGUCCCGAUCUCCUCUUCGCCAUCCAUCCGGUGGACGGUAGCUAUUUGAUCUGGGUGAUUGAGUGGCUGGAUGACUACUAUCCUGGUUCUUUCCGCCAGGCGCAAGUAUCCUUCUCCACGCGCAUCCCUUCGGCCUUUCCGCUGGGCGAUGCCAUGUCCAUGUCCACCACGGUUAGCCUUUUUAACACGGGCACCCAUCCGCUGGCCUUUCGGGAUAUAGCCAACAAUGUGCGCAGCAAGGAUGAGUUUCACAAGGGCAAUGCGGAUGACUCCUCGCUGAAGAGCGAUCAGCAUUCGGGACAGACUUUCGAGCGGCACGACGAGGAGCAGGAGGAUGCGGUUGAUGAGCAGGAGGAGAAUGAUCGCGAGGGCGAUGCCGAUCAGGAUGAGAGUGCUGCAAAUAGUGGGGGAGUUGGAGGAGCAGGAGGAGCAGCGGAGCACAGCAGCAGCUCGCAGGAUUCGGCGGCAGCAGGAAGUGCUCUCCCACUGAAUGUUUCUCCCUCCGUUUCCAUGGUGACCAAGCAUUCGAAUGGCACUCUCAAUCUCUGGCAACUGACCUUUGCCUUCAAGACCAAGUUCACCCAAGUAUUAAGCAUCGGUCAUGUGAGCCGUGCCUCGGGACAUCGCUUCCGGGUGAACGACAUCACCUGCCAUCCGGUGCUGCCGCUGCUCGUCUCCACUUCGCAUCAUAAUCUCCCCGAUUCGCCGGAGGUUAAGUCACCUCUAUCACCCUUUGAACAGCCUUUGAGUGGAGGAGGAAUUCCAGGAGGAACUGCAGCAACUGGAGGCUCUUCUACCGGCGACAAGGAUGUCUUUACGCCCACUGGCUUCUGCUCCGAGCUAAUCCUUUGGCGCGUCGACUCCGUGGGACCGCUGUGCCAUUCGGGCGGCGUGAGUGAGCUGGCCAGGAUCAACUCGCCGGAGAUCUCGGCCUUCAGCAACGUGGCCUGGAUACCCACGCUCCUGCCGAGCACCACGCUGGGCAGCUACAGUAACUCACCAUCCGCCUGCUUUGUGGCCUCGGAUGGCGAGAAUUUGAGGGUCUAUCAGGCCGUCAUAGAUGCUCGCACUUUGCUGGCCGAGAUCUCCUGCUCGGAGAAUCUAAAUACGCUGCACAAAUCGCAUUCGCUGUCGUCGAUGAUCUCGAAUGCCUCGUCCACGAUGCGCGGCCAGCGUUCGGCGCUGCAUGAUAAGCUGAAGGUCGUUUCCCAACAAUCAACAGCGCGUCCUGGUUGCAUCCUCCAACUGGAUGCGAUAUCGGAUGCCAAGCAUGAUUGGCAAAAUACCCAGUUUUUGCAUGUUUUCCAAGCUCAGUUAAUUACGGGUGGGCAAAGGCAAACGUCGGAUUUGAAUGACCCGGAGGAUGAGCCGCGUUUGAAUGCUCUGCUCGAAUCCGAUAUGGAUGCCAUUGUGGAUCUGCAGCGGAAUGCGGACUUUGAGGAGCCCUUCUAUAUUGUGAACAUAGAGAAGACGCUGCGCGGCAGCACAAUACACAUGUGGAGGAUUGUAAUCAGCUCCAAGCAGCAGAGCUCCUUUCUCUCGGAGACGGCGAUGUAUGUGCCCGAUAGCAACCUCACCCAGGAGCCCGACGAGGAUGGCAAUCCCGGUAAUCCCCGUCGAAUGUCGCAGGGCGCUGAAACUUUAACGGGAGCCGAGCACUUUGGACCGCAGGUGGAGGCGCCGCACAUCUCUAUUACGACGAAGAAGGUGUGCACUCAGGAGUUGCCUUUGCCAGAAGGUGUAGAUGUAAUCCAUGCCUCGCCAGCCGCUGGUCAUCUGAGCAGCUCCAGCAUUUAUCCGGCCUGCUUUGCACCCUACAUCAUAGUGACCGCCUGCUCGGAUUCGAUUUCUCGCUUCUGGAAAUGUGAGCCCAUUGAGGAUCCCGAUGGCGAUGCCUAUCAUUGGAGCGAGUGGAAAAUGUUUAGCCGCAUUCAGCACUCGGCCAUUGAGAUUCCCGGCCAGCCGUUGAACAUUAGUGCUGCCUAUUCGGGACGGAUUGCGUGUGCCUACAAGUACGGCAAGAGUUUCACGCGACCGAACAAGGGACCAGAUCCGGAUUCACGUUAUGUCAACCUUUGUGUGGCCAUCUACGAGUGCGAGAGUUCCGGAGGAAGUGAAUGGGUGCUGGAGGAUACCAUCCACCUAAAGAAUGUCCAUUUACCCAGGAUAAACAUAGGUCACGGCAUCGAUUUGAGUUACCUCCACGAUAGUAGACUUCUCGCCAAGAAGCAGCGGUUGAAUCAAGUGCUUCAUGGCACUUUUUCACAUGAUCCCGAGAGUCGAUCGCCCAGGAGUGGCGAGACCACGCCGGAAUUGGCCGUUGGAGGUGCCAGGCAACCCUCCUCGGCCGCCGCCUCUGGUUUGCUGACCGUUCCCAGCUUUAGUACCCUGCAAUCCCUGAGGAAAAGCAUCGCCGAGAACGGCAACACCUGUCCGCUGACCCAAAAGCAUCUCGUUCAACUCGAUUGGGUUAGCAAAGAGGAUGGUUCGCACAUCCUAACCGUUGCCGUGGGCAGCAAGAUCCUGUUAUAUACGCCCGUUUCCUCAGACAUUGCCCAGGCGAACAUCAAGGCGAUGAAGGAGUCGCGCUCGGUAAACAGACCGAUCCUAAGAAAGGCCAGUUCCCUGGCUCAACCGAACUUUGUGGACGAGAUACGCUGGAUGAAGUUGCGGCAGAUUGAUUUACAGACAGCCGACGGACUGCCUCCUCUGCCCAUGCAAAUCUCUUGGGUUCGCGAUGGCAUUCUGGUGGUAGCCAUGGAUUCGGAAAUGCAUGUGUAUUCCCAGUGGAAGCCGCAUUACUCCUCGCAUUUUGCUGCUGCUGCGGCGGCUGCAGCUGGAGAGGAUGUCCCAGAUACGAGGAACCUGAGAGACGAGGAUCUGCGCUCGCUGGCCAACGAAUCCACACAGCUGCGGCUGAAGAAUGUGGCCUCCAUGCCGCUGAUCAGCAAGGUGAGCACCGCCAAUCUGCAGCUGUUGUCGCAUGACAAGAAGCGACGUCUGGGGAAUACCAGCAUGGCUAAUAUGAAUGGAGGAGGAGGAGCUAUAACUACAGAUCCCGAAGACACCGGAAACGAUGACUACAUGACCGACUUUGGCCUUUUCCAGGCCUCCCGCAUCGCCUGUCCGGUGCUGCCGCAAUAUCAUCCCAAGCAGCUGAUGGAGCUGCUCAAUUGCGGCAAAAUCCGCUGGGUGAAGGCCAUUCUGGCGCAUCUCGUUCGCUGCAUGAGUGGCAAUAGCUCGGGUUUAGCUGGCCAGGAUGAGGAUGGCUAUGCCAGGCAACGCAGCUGGUCGAGAUCGCGCACCUUGAGUAUUAGCUACACGGCCGAUCAGAAUAUUCAGGCCGAGCAUCGUGGAAGCACUACCCAAAUUCCCGAGGAAUUAAUGCUUGACUACGCGGAGAUUAAUUCUAUACCACCUCUGCCACUUUGGGUGCUGCUCAAUGCGGAUCGCGAGACGCCGGGGCAGAGUAAUAAUUAUACCGAAGGCGACAAGGAUUACGAUGAGCUCUUCGACAUGCACAACUCGGAGGAUAAUCUGGAUGAGCUGCUCAGCGAGGGGGAUGAGAAGAAGCGUCAGGAGAGGCGACUCUCGUUGCCUGAGAAGCAUUCAAUCUCCCACUUUGGUCCAAGGCAGGGUCAGCUUUUGUCCCGCCUGCUCACCCACACCCAUUUGCCUGGUCUCUCUUCCCUGGAUCAGAUGCAUCUUUUGGCACUGGCUGAUACGGUGGCCACUUGCAAUACGGAUUUCUCGGAUAAAUUCGCAGCCGAUCAGGGAAAAUCAAGUGGAGGAAGCAGCGGAGGAGGAGCAGCUGCUGCAGGAGCCGUAAAAGAAAGCACCGAUUCCCUCGACGACUGCGGCCUGCGCUUCCUGCUGGCCAUGAAGCACUUUACCUACCUGCUCCGCUGCCUUCCCCUCCAGCAGCGGGCGCAAUUUCAGCGGCAGGGAGUGGGCACAUCCAACAUCGUUUGGGCCUAUCACUCGGAGAGCGAGGAGGAGUUGCUCAAUCUAAUACCCAGCUAUACAAAGGGAGAUCUGCGAUGGGCCACGUUGAGGGACCUCGGAAUGGGCUACUGGCUGAAGAACAUCAAUACGCUGAGGCGGUGCGUCGAGAAGCUGGCCAAAUGCGCCUAUCAGCAGAAGCAGGAGCCCCUGGAUGCGGCCAUCUAUUACCUGGCCAUGAAGAAGAAAUCCCUAGUGUGGGGUUUGUUUAGAUCGCGUCGCGACGAGAAGAUGACCGCCUUCUUUGGCAACAACUUUGCCGAGGAUCGCUGGCGCAAGGCGGCGCUUAAGAAUGCCUUUGUGCUGCUCGGCAAGCAGAGAUUCGAGCACGCGGUGGCCUUCUUCCUGCUAGCCAAUAGCUUAAACGAUGCCAUUGAGGUUUGCAUGAACAAGCUGGAGGAUUUCCAACUGGCUUUGAUCAUUGCCCGUCUCUAUGAAGGCGACUCCGAGGGUUGCUACUAUCAUCAGCUGCUGCAUGAGCACAUUUUGGGCACCGAUGCGGAAACUGGACGCUGUGAUUUGAGUCGCGCCCAUCCCGAUCCCUUCCUGCGCUCGAUGACCUACUGGACAAUCAAGAAAUACCAGGAGAGCCUCAACACCCUGCUGCUGAACAAUGUGGGCAGCCUGCACAGCAGCUACCGGGAGGAGGAUCUACUGCUGCGUCCCGAGCCGCAGGCCACCAAUCCGAAUGUCUUUAAUUUCUACAUCUAUCUGCGCACCCAUCCGCUGCUCAUCCGUCAGAAUAUCGCUCUGUCCGCCCAGGAGAAGCGAAUCGCUCAUGUUGUUUUAUCUGGAUUUAAUUAUGCCGGCGAUGCGGCACCAAGUGCGGUGGCCUGCGACAAGCAGCUGCAGCUGGAGGAUUCCAUAACGCCGAUAGAGCGGCAGCUGUACUUUACCACCGCCCAUGGGCAUUUUAAAUCCGGUUGCCCUGCGCUGGCGCUCGAGGUGCUCAACAAGCUGCCUCAGAAGAUUAGCGAUGAUUCGGGAGGCAACGAUGGUGAAAGUUUAGCCGGGAGCAGCGUAGCCCAGGAGCGCGGCCAGGCGAGCAAGGAGGAGCUCAUCAACACGGGCAUCAUGGAUCAGUGGGGAGGAGGAGGUGGAGGAGCAGGAGCAGCCACAGCGGAUGCCUUCGACUGGGGUGCUCCGGUGGCCAGUGAACCGGAGGCCAAGUUUGAAAUUAAAUGGGAUGAUGAGGAGGAUGAGGAGGAGGAGCAAAUAGAUCCCGAUCUGGAACCGGAAUUAGCUACCCCACAACCCAUUCUAACCCGAGGCAACCGGAAUGGCGAUACCAAGAUGGACAUCAUGGCCCAGCAGCUCAAGUUCGUGGCCUGCCUGAAGAUCCUCAUGGAGGAGCUGUCCACUCUGGCCACCGGCUUCGAGGUGGACGGCGGCCAGCUGCGCUACCAGCUGUACAUGUGGCUGGAGCGCGAGGUGGAGGCCCUCAAGCAGCUGUGCAACUACUGCAGCCAGGCGGAGCAGGCGAGCCAUGCCGACGGCGGCGAGGCGGAGGCGGACAGGGAGGCCAAGGAGAUGAACGCCAGCAUCUAUCCCAGUACGGAGCGGCCCACGCUGCACGAGAUCCUCAUGCAGGACAAGCAGGAUUUCGAGGCCAAGGUGAUGCGAGCGGCCAAGCGGAAGAGAUGGCUCAAGGCCAACGAAACCCUGCUCCGCACCCUGCUCAGCUAUUGCUCCCUUCACGGCGCCAGCGGCGGUGGCCUGGCCUCGGUGCGCAUGGAGCUGGUGCUGCUCCUGCAGGAGCUGCAGCAGGAGAAGACCCAACAGCAGCUGCUCAGCCCGCUGCCCUUCCCCACCACGCUGCCCCUGCUGAGUGCCUGUGUGGCUGGGAAUAAGACAGUGAUCGCGGAUCCCAUUAAGUACCUGCAAUCGCAGACGGUGGACAUGCUGCAGAGCAUCAUCAAGGUGCUGCCCUUCCCGGGCAUCGAGCCGAGUUCCCUAAGCGAGAUCUUUGUGCUCCGCGAUCUGGCCGUUGCGCUCUCCUCGUGCAUCUACCAGUCGCUCUGCGAUUCGGAGAGCUUUGUGGUGAACAACUCGGCUUUUAAUGGCUACCCGAGUCCUGGGAUGGAGAACAUAGCCAAGAUUAAUUCAUCCUUCGAGUGCAGCUAUCUGGUGGGCAGUCGGAAUGCCUAUGGCCGCAGGCGCAAGUAUUCCACCGAUGAGCCGGCUGGCGUUUGCACCACACCGUCCAAGUGGCCAGGAGUUACUAAUCUGCGGGCUCUGCUCGCCCGCGAGAAGGACGAGGAUGUGCCCAAGCUGAAUGUCCUGCUGCUGGAGUCCUUCGUGUCCACCUACAUGGCCCUCUUCAUCUACUCGCUCUCCACCUGCGACAGUCGUCUGCUGUAUCGCCUGAGUGGCCAGAGUUUCAACAACGACACCUGGUCUACUCUUUUCGGUGGCGGCAUGAAGAAGUUGCUCAUCAAGCCGGCUCAGCCUUCUGGAGGAGGAGGAGGAGCAGCUACUGGUUCCACCUCCGAGGAGCCGGCGGAUGAGAAUAGCGUUUGGAACACGGUCACCUCGAUAACGAAGCAGCGCAUGAAGCUGAACAUGAAGAUCCUGGGCAGCUUCAGCCAGAACAGCACUUCGAGCAACAUGAAGGAGGAUAAGCCGACGUACAGGGAGCAGUUUAUGCCGCCAGAGACAUCGAUGCUUUCCUACUUCCUCACCAAGCCGCCCACAACAGAAUGCGAUGACUAUGACACAGACGACUCGCACGAGUCGGAGAACGAGGAGGAGGAGGAGGACGACGACGAUGUGAAUGUGAGCCGAUCGCAGCUAAAAACCAAGGACAAUACAGAGCACACCAAUCCCAUGUCCUAUUCGUGGAGCAUCCUGCGCCUGGCGCUCAUCAAGAUCAGCACGCACAAGAUCCAGGAGCUGGUCAAGGUGGCCGGCAUCGAACUGCAGGAUUUGCCUGUGAUUAGUCCGCUGUCGCACGAAGUGCUGAGGACGCUGAAUCGCUGGAAUGAUUUCGCUUUGGCUGACCUUAUUGGACGUGGACCGCCUUCCCGGAAUUAUAUACCCGGCUGCUAUGCGGAGAGCGGCAUUAAUGGUUUGGCCAUCCACAAGUACCGAUCGCUGCUGAACAAGGACAACACGCCGUUCGUUUCGGGCUCCUCUGCGGGUCCCAUUCGGCGGCUGUGGAACUAUCUGGUGCGCCAGGAGCCCGCCCAGGAGGUCUUCAUCAAGAGCAUCUUUGGCAAGAACAUGGAGCCGAGUGCACGGGGAUCAUCGCAUCAUACCCACAACGACAACGAGACGGAUGAGGGUCAAUCCCAUUCGACCAACGAGAACACCGACCACAUACGCAUCAUUCACAAGGAUCACGAGUCCAUAUUGUCCUUCUGUCUGAAGAACAACAGCUCCUCGAUGAUCGCCUUCGCCAAUCCGCGCGAAAUUCAGGAGUUCGACAUCUCGCUGCUGCUGGAGUCGCCCAAUUGGUACGAGGACGAGUGCGACUACGACAUGAUGAACCUGUCCAAGGAUGCGGACACCAACAGCUCCUCCUUCCUGAUCAUCCAGACGCAGGAGCAAAACCAAUUUGGAGGGAAUAGCAAUGCCUACAGCGAGUCGAAUGCCAGCACACAGAGUGCCUCGCAAUCGGGACGCGGCACAUCGAUGGUGCUGCGCCACAAGGUGGACAAUGUGAAGCGCAUGAGCGCCCAUCCGCUGAUGCCGUUGUAUCUGACUGGCGGCCAGGAUGGCUCCGUGCAGAUCUGGGAGUGGGGCCACCAGCAGCCCGUCUGCUCGCCCCGCACCUCGGGCACCUUUGCCAAGGUCACGCGCUGCCGCUUCUCGGAGCAGGGCAACAAAUUCGGCAUCGGCGAUGGCGAUGGAAAGCUCAGCCUCUGGCAGGCGGGCAUCGCCUCGCAGAACAAUCGUUCGUUUAUAAGCUACCAGUGCCACAACAAGGCUUUGUCCGAUUUCGUGUUCCUCGGUUCCUGCAGUCUCUUGGCUAGCGCUGGUCAAAGUUCCGAGAACAAGAACAUCAACAUCUGGGACACACUGCUGCCCCACAAGAAGUCCUGUGUGUCGGCCUUCACCUGCCACGACCAGGGAUCCUCUUGUUUGGUGUUUGCCCCGCAGCACCAGGUGCUCAUCUCGUGCGGCAAACGCGGCGACGUUUGCGUCUUCGAUGUGAGACAGCGAACGCUGCGCCAUCGCUAUCAGGCCCACGAUAGCACCAUCAAGUGCAUAGCUCUCGAUCCGCACGAGGAGUUCUUUGUCACUGGCUCCAUUGAGGGUGACAUUAAGAUCUGGGACAUGAAUCAGUUCAUGCUGAUCAACACGUUCCCCCAUGAGCAUGCCAAGAACGGAUUCUUCAAGCACACCGGCCAGGGCGUCAGCCAGGUGUACGUCGAUCCCUUCGGGCGGCUCUUCUCCUGCGGCUCCGAUGGCUGCAUGAAGGUCCGCCUGCUGGUGGAGAAGGACAACAUUGUUCACUCCCUGUAUUGAAAGCUGUAUUCUAUCCGUUACAUUUCGGAUGUCCAUGUCCGCGUCCUACAAUAUAUAUAUAUGUGUAUUCUUUGUUGAUCGUUGAUUAUUGUAACAUUUUUAAUUGUAUUUCAAUUUCAAUUUCCUACUCGUACAGAUAUACAUAUACAUCUAUCUAUCUUUAUAUAUUUUAUUACUACCUUUAUUUGCAUAACUGUAUUGUUUAUUACUUCUGUAUUCUGUCUUUAUUUUUUUUUUCGUUUUGCUAUUUAAUGUUUUUCCAAACGACGAAACAAAAACGAUUCGCUUGAUUCGUUGCAUGUUCUUUGAGUAUUUCCUAAACAGACUAUAUACUAUUACACUACUAUACAGAAACAAGAUAUAUAUAUAUACAUACAUAUAUUAUAUACAUCUAUUAUAUGCUUUAAAUCAAUUAAUUAUUAUUAUACGAUAUACAAGACAUUCGACAGUAUGGUAAUUGAUAUGCUUACGAAUAUAUAUUACGAUCUAUGUCCUUGUGUUGAGCUUUGUGCAAAAAUUUGUCUGUUGUUGAAUCAAUCAAGAUAUAUGUAUACCUAAAACGAAACUAAAUGAAUUAACUAAAAAUAAAUAAAGUGCAAAAUGAAUAAAAAAAAAUUAAUUAAA